AUGACAAAUCGAUUAUCAUUAACUGAAGCUUGUGAGAUCGCAAAAAAACAUGGAGGUGAGUGUCUCUCUUCUGAGUAUAAAAAUAAUAGAAUACACAUGUUAUGGCGCUGUUCUAAUAACCAUAUUUGGUCUGCACCUCUGUUAAAUAUUAAAUAUCGCAAUGAUUGGUGUUCUAAAUGUAAAACUGAAAAUAAAUUAAAAUUUGCCAAAGAACUUGCUCAUAAAAAAGGUGGAGAAUGUCUUUCCACUGAAUAUUAUAAUAAUAUUACUCCAAUGUUAUGGAGUUGUGCUAAAGGACAUCAAUGGAGAGCUCGAUUUCAUAAUAUUCGAGAUGGAACAUGGUGUCCAAUUUGUCUUGGGCGUAAUCGAACAAUAAGAGAUAUGCAAACUUUUGCACGAGCGAAAAAUGGAGAUUGUAUUUCAGAUGAAUACUAUAAUACACAUACAAAAUUAGAAUGGCGUUGUAACAAAGGACAUACAUGGAUGGCUCAGCCUAACAAUAUUAUACAAGGAAGAUGGUGUCCAUAUUGUCCUUAUAAACUUGAAAAUUUAUGUCGUGAAAUCGUUACUAAAUAUUUAGGACCACCAUCAAAAAAUCGUAGACCUGAUUUCUUGAAAACAUCAGAAUAUCCAAAAGGAUUAGAACUUGAUAUUCCCUAUUAUGAUUAUGGAUUUGCAAUCGAAAUUCAAG